AUGACUUGUGAAAUUGACCGACUAAUUAACGACUACUUGGACUGUAGUUUGACACUAGAAGCUAUCGAAUACUUCUCAAGUGACAUUCAAGUACUUUUUGAAUUCAUCAUCCAACUCAAAGAGGUGCUGAGAAAUGUCUUUAACGCAGAACAACCAUUCUUAUUCAGUGAAAUGUCAUUUGCAAUCCAAAGUGACUCGGCGUCCCCAAUCCCACAACUCAAAGUGUCUUCAUUAGGAUUUUUAUUGCCACACUUCAUUAAUGGCGUGAAGACAAUAGUCGGAGUCACUCCUUUUAUAAUGCCAACUAUUCUUCCUCAAACUAUAAUGUACUCUGACAUCACCACCCGAGUCGAAAUAUACUCAUUUAUGAUGUUCUUGUGCAAAUUACUCUUCCAAAAAAUUCCGCCAAGUCUUCAAGAGAUGUCCGCUCUCAACUUUGUCCCAACAACUGACGCGACAAACAUUUCACCUCCAACUCUCUUUCUCGAAAAGUUAUAUAAACACCGUUUAACAUCGUUUCCUAAAAUAUUGCAGGAGAUGAAACAAACUCCAUUUUUUAUUCAGUGUUUCAACUUCAAACACAUUCAACCCGAAGAAACGACAGAUGUGUUUUCUUUGUUUGACAAAUCAACGACAAGAAGAGUUGGGAAAGGGUCGUACGGGUGUGUGUUUUCUGCGUCUCAUGCGAACAAUUACUAUGCAAUCAAAGAGUUUUCACAGGAGGACGUUGCCUUGAAAGAAGUGAGAACGAUGUGUAUUUCGCGACAUCCGAAUAUUGUCACCUUAUUCAAAUUUAUGAAGUCAAAACAGUCCAUUAAAGGGACUUUGAACCCAAGCGAGAUGGUUGAGGGUGACGAGUUUUACUACACUGUGAUGGAGUGUUCUGCAUAUGGUUCUUUGUUUGAUUUGAUUAAACAGAAUGAACAUGGACUCUCCAUUGACUAUAUCAGACAUUUUAUGAAUGAUAUUAACAACGCAAUGCACUAUAUGGUUUACACUCGACAGUUGGUCCAUAGAGACUUAAAGACACAAAACAUUUUAGUUUUCCAAGACGCCACUAAACCCAUCGGACUCACUUUGAAACUGUGCGACUUCGGGUCUUCGCGACUCAUUGGAGAUAACUCGUUUGAUACCAUUUUUGUGGGUUCAAACCACACGAACCAACCCGAAAUAUCACACGGUGUUAUUUAUGAUGAACGAUGCGACUUGUUCUCUAUCGGAGUCGUUUUGUACGAAAUGAUCACUUGCAAAGUGCUCGUUGUGCCGCGAAGCCCUAAUAUCCCUAUAGAAAAUUUCUAUAUGUUUUAUCAAAACGCAAUUAAUGAUGUGGUCAAAGAACGAAACACCUACGUCGCAGGUAGUGAAUUGAGAUUCGACGUGUUGCUCGACUUAAUAAGAAGACUGUUUGUCGAAGAAAAAAAUCGCAUGACUUGGGACCAAUACUUCCAACACCCCUUUUUUACCGGACUCUAA